CUCGGUGCCGGUGCCCCGGCAGCGCCGAGCCCCGCGGAGCGGCAUGGCCGGGGGCCGGGGGUCCUGCCCGCCCCUGCCCGCACCGCUGCCCGCACCGCUGGGGCUCUGCCUGUGCCUCUGCCUGCUGCUGCCGCUGCCCGCGGCCGCCUGGAGCCCGGCCCUGCUGCCGCCCGCCGCCCGCAGCAACUGGUGCUCCUACACGGUGACACGGACGGUGUCCUGCCACGUCCACAACGGCACCUUCCUCCAGAGGGUCUUCCAGGGCUGCCGCUGGCCCCUGGCCUGCAGCGGGGGCAGCUACCGCGCCGUGGUGCGGCCCCUCUACAGGGUGACCUACAGGACACUGACGGCCCUGGAGUGGAGGUGCUGCCCCGGCCACGCCGGAGCCAACUGCGAGGAAGAGACUCCCACCUUCCUCACCGUGCGGGACACAGCCCCCCGCCGGCCCCCCCUGCGCCCCACGGCCUUCUCAGGGUGCCUGAACUGCAGCCGUGUCGGGGAGCUGACUGCCCGGCUCACCACCCUCGAGGAGCAGGUGGCCCGGCUGGCAGUGGCAGAGCCCCCCACCCCCCCAGCGCCCAAGGGCGGCCCCCCGGGCCGGGGGCAGCUCUGGGGGUCCCCGGCGGCCCGCGGGAGCCCCGGCGAUGACGGGAGACCCGGCCCCAGGGGACCCCCCGGCCCCAAGGGCGACGCGGGAGGACGGGGCCCGUCGGGAAUUCCGGGAGUGAAGGGGCCGACGGGGCCGCCAGGUCCCCCCGGCCCGCCCGGACCCCCCGGCCGGGACGGGGCCAGGGGGCUCCCCGGAGAGAAGGGACCUCCCGGCCCCCCCGGCCCCCCAGGCCCCCCUGCCCCCGUGGGACCGGCGACCCCCCGCCUGGCCCAGCCCAGGGACCCCCUCCUCUCCAACACCUUCACCGAGCCCACCAGGAGCAUCGUGGGGCCCGUGGGCCCCCCCGGACCCGUGGGGCCCAUGGGUCCCCCCGGCCCCCCGGGCCCCACCGGGCCCCCCGGACCCCCCGGACCCGACGGACGAGCCGGAGCACCCGGAGCUGCGGGGCCCCCCGGAGAGAAGGGGGACAGGGGUCCCCAGGGCCACCCUGGCAGCCGUGGGCAGGACGGGGCACAGGGCGAGCCGGGCCCCCGGGGCGAGCCGGGCCACAGGGACACUUGGGGGGAGGGUUUGCACCAGCUCCGGGAGGCGCUGAAGAUUUUAGCGGAGAGGGUUUUAAUCUUGGAAACAAUGAUUGGGCUCUACGAGCCAGAGCCCGGUUCGGGCAGUGCCCCCCCGGGCACAGGGACGCCGGGGGUGCCCCGCGGGAAGCGUGGCAGUGCCCAGCCCCCCUAUCGCAUCGUCACCCGCCCCCGAGGGCCAUGAGGAGCCCCCCACGUGCCCCCCAACCCCGUGCCCGCCGCCGUGCCAGGACGGGCAGGGCCCCCCCCCACACGUGGGGGGUAGGAAGGGGGGCACCCCAGUGUCCCUCCACAGUGUCCCCCCAUUUGGUGCUACCGGUGGCACGGCACCGACCCCCCCAACCCCCCAGGCGCUUCUGCUUGAGCCCCCCGGGGAGGGCAAAGGGGGGACCCCACCCCUGGUGUCCCCCCCAGCCCAAAGUGCAGCUCCGGGGGGGUGGAUUCUCGCUCCCCCCGAGCCCCCCACGCUGGGGAAGGGGGGUGGGGACCCCCCGGGUGGGGCUCCCGCCACGCUUUGUCCCCUGCUUUGGGACCCUCGAGGUCAGUAAAUGUCCCCAGAGCCGUGUC